UCGCUGUCGCAUCGAACACAUCACUCUUCGCACAGCUCUUCACCAUCACACGGAGAAACAAAGAAACGCAAUUUUUCGCACCACUGCGAUCCUACAUCAAAUUAUCAAGAAUUUUCAAUCCCAAGCCCCAAGUACAAAACUAGUUAAAUUAUUCUAUGUUAAGAUUAUUUCGACUGUAGACUGAAAUUGGUGUGCGAGUUUUAGAAGUUUGGAUAUUAGUUUGAAGACGCGUGUACUCAGCAGAAACUAGAUAAACAGGGCGAACCAGACCAGCGCAACUAAACAUGGAGGUUAUCAACGAGGCUCAAAAUAAUGGUGAAAAUGCGAGCACCAAACCAGCCGAAGACCGCAAAAUUGCAGCGGAACUGGCCGAAUUGCUUACCAAUGAGGUGCCGAAGAAAGAUGAAAAGUUGGUAGCCAACUUGCGCCAGCAGAUUCCGGACAUCGACAACAUCUUCAAAAUCCACCGCAAGACCGGACAUGGAACUUUUAGUUCGGUGUUUCUCGGCUCACUUAAGUGUCAGGAGCGCCUGCCAGCGGAUCGCAAAAAACUGUUUGCCAUCAAGCAUGUGGUUCCUACUAGUCAUCCGAGCCGUAUCGAACGGGAGCUGCGAUGCAUGAUGCAGAUAGGUGGUGCCUGUAACGUGGUUGGAGUAGACUUGUGCCUGCGUCGACAGGAAUCAGUUGCAUUUGUUAUGCCCUACAUUCCUCAUGAUCAGUUUCAUCAAUACUAUGACAAGAUGAGUCCGGCGGAAACGCAACUUUACAUGAAGAAUUUGCUGAUUGCACUGAAACGAGUGCAUGAGUUUUGCGUCAUUCAUCGAGAUGUUAAACCAAGUAACUUCUUGUACAACCGCAAGCUGCAAAAGUUUUUGCUUGUGGAUUUCGGCCUAGCCCAAGACAUCAGUCAUAAACGCGCAAUUAGGGGAACCGAAACUAAUUCGGCGCAAACGGCAAAACAGGUAGAGGAUAAGACUGGAAAGAGGAGACUUUCGGGAGAAACAGGGGCAGAGAAGAAUCAGCAGUGUAGCGAUGCUGUGGUACAGCAACAGAAGAAGCUGAAACUUGUCGAUGAUAACCUGGAGAACAGUACCAAACCUGCCAAUGAGGAGCAGAUGGGUAUCGCUCAAGUGCAACAACCACCACCAGUAUUCAAAACACCACUAAAACAAUCAAAUCAAAUCAUUUCACCAAUGAAACUCUCGAAUGUCACUAAGGAUCUCUACAGCUCUCCAUUGGCUCGUCAAAUAAAAUCCACCGUACUGGGAAUUAGUACUAAUAUUAAGGUAGCACAACGCCAGCAGCAACGAGGAACGGUCAGCAAUCAACCUGCUGUUGCACCGAUGCCCCCGAAAACGGCAACGGGAGGCGCGAGAAACCACCAGUAUAACACCUCUUCAACGGCUGGCCCUGCGAAUAAACAAGAUUCCGUAUGUGAAUGUUUCGGCAAAAGCCAGGUAUGUAAUAUCUGCCUUGUAAAAAAAGAAAUGCAAGCAUCUCGUGCUGGUACUCCAGGCUAUCGUCCACCGGAAGUACUUUUAAAGUAUCCUGAUCAAACGACCGUGGUGGACAUAUGGGCGGCCGGGGUGAUGUUUAUGAGUAUUUUGUCGCGAUGCUAUCCGUUUUUCAAGAAUUCGGAUGACUUGCACUCGCUGGCCGAGAUAAUAACGGUAUUUGGUGAUCAACGCAUCAAAAAGACAGCGAUUCAACUAGGGCGCCAUGUGAAAACGGCCCAAAGAAAGCAACCGCUGGACCUGAGGAAGCUAUGCUUGCGUCUGCGCUUCCGUUUCCGACGCAUCCGUGCACGGCAACAACAGGAUGCGGAUGAAACGGCAACCACGUUUGCCAACAGUUGCGACAACUGUCAACUGCGUUUGGCGGAGUGUCUUUGCGAGCAUUCCGAAGCCAACAGGGACUUCUCCGAGGAUGAGUACUCGGAACGGGCCUAUGACCUACUUCACAAACUGUUGGAAAUAAAUCCACAUAACCGCAUCUCCGCAGAGGAAGCCCUAAAUCACCCGUUCUUCCAGGAGACUUAUUAGGUGGCUUGACUUAUUUGAAAGUAUUAGAUCGAUCUCCAGAGCAAAACAAAAUGCCAACAUUGUCGGUACCGACCAAGUGAAAAAAUCAAAUUAGGCGAAAAAGAAACAGUUUUCAAUGUUAGUGAAAAUUGCUAUGUUAGGUUGUAAUAGUGCAAAAAAUCGUGUUUCUCGAAGAGAUCUUUGAAUGAACCAGACGAACUCUUUCUUACAUAAGAAACAAUUUCUAUGAAUGUGUGUGUACGAUGUUUAAUUUAUUGAAACCGAAGCGAAAUUAUUUAUUUGAAACGAUAAAACAAAUUUGCUUUCAUAUAGUCUGAAUGUGUGCUCUGUGCAAAACGUGUAUCAAAUGUUGGGAUAAAUAAAACUAACGAAGCCAGAAUAGGGUUUCGAUAACUAUUCCUGAACACAAUGGCUGCCGAGAGAUCUAGACUUAAAGCAAAAAAUAAAAUAGAGGCAAUAAACUUAUCUGACUAGCAGUA